AAACAUAGAAGAAACAAAAAACAGUAAAAACCCAAAAAAAAAAAAAACAAAAACAAAAGGGGAAAUACUUCUAACCAAUAAAGAGAAGACAUGAAAUCCAUACUGAUUCAAGCUGCAUGGUUCUGCAUUUUGCUGGCGUCUUUUGUAACAGGCUUGCAUGCCGCCUUUUUCGACGUUAUGAAAUUUGGCGCCAAGGGCGAUGGAAAAGCAGAUGAUAGUAAGGCGUUUACGGGUGCGUGGGGCGCGGCAUGCAAAGCACCGGGGGCGAACACGAUUACGGCGGCCGGCAAAUUCAUGGCCGGGCCGAUUUGGUUUCAGGGACCUUGCAAAGGUCCCAUCACCAUUGAUGCUCAAAAGAUGAAUCUGUUGGCUUUACCGGAUCCCUUUGCGUUCAAAGGGCACGGCGGAUGGGUCACCUUCUCCCAGGUCAUCGGAGUGACUAUCAACGGCGGCAUUUUCGACGGCAAUGGCGCCACCACCUGGAACCUACCCGACUGCGGCAAAAAUGGCCAUAUCUGUCCUCUUCCCGCUAAUCUGCAAUUUAAUGCGGUGACGGGUCUGAGACUCAUCGGACUCACGAAUCGGAACAGCAAGCAAUUCCACUUGAGGAUUGGGUCUUCCAAGGACGUGACAAUAGAGCGCUACACCGUCGACGCGCCGGGGAACAGCCCGAACACGGACGGAGUCCACAUCGGGCAAACCAGCAAAGUAAGCAUCAUCGGCGCCACCAUAAAAACCGGCGAUGACUGCGUGUCCUUGGGCGACGGCGUCCAGGAUGUGCACGUGGAGAAGGUGACCUGCGGUCCCGGCCACGGGCUGGCCAUCGGAAGCCUGGGCAAGUACCCCAACGAGAAACCCGUCUUGGGAGUCACCGUCAAGAACUGCACCCUCACCAAUACACUGAACGGCGCCCGGAUCAAGACGUGGCCCGGCUCCCCGGUCGGCAGCGCCACCAACAUGCACUUCGAAGACAUCAUCAUGAACAACGUCUCCAAUCCUAUCCUCAUCGAUCAACAAUAUUGCCCAUGGAAUCAAUGCAAAGCCGGGCUUGCGUCGAAAGUGAAGCUGAGCGGCAUCGGAUUCAAGAACAUAAAGGGGACGUCGUCGAGCAAGAUGGCGAUGAAGAUAGAUUGCAGCCCGGCGGUACCGUGCCAGGGUGUAGUGAUGAACGAUAUCAAUUUGAUUUACAAGGGAAAGGAUGGAUCGGCAGUCUCUAAAUGCACCAACGUCAAGCCUUCCAUCAUCGGAAAAGUCGUCCCAGCGGCUUGCUCUGUCCAUAAGUAGAAAAUACCGGCCGGUAUCAGUACUGUACUGUAUAAAUAAAUAACUGUUGGGGCCUACUAGUCGUACGUAUAACCAACAAAGGCUGGCCUAUUGUCCCGCCAUUUUUUAUUUUUUAUUUUUUAUUUUAGUUAUUGUCCCGCCACUUUAGAAUCUAUGUAAUAAUGCUAUUAUAUAGAUUAUAUAGAUUUACUUAUAAAUGAAAACAAUUUAAAUAUUUUU